GGGGAUCUUACUCCGGGAAGGCGGGGGUUGAAGGACUCUACGUGUUGUUGAUGUCUCGUAUAGAGUCUAAACAGAGGGAUUAGGUAAUAAUAAGAAGGAGCGAAAACCUAAGAACUUGGUAAGAAGAAGGGAAAGAGGACGCAACAACGUUAUGUCAUACGCUAUACUUCGUAUAUUAACUUAUACUGUCAAAGCUUUCCAUUUUUUUUAACGCAUUGUCGAAGAAAUCGUUUGGCCUGAAAGGACGAGUAGUCAUUUAGUUCGAAUUGAGAGACUGCGCCCAAAUGUGAAGAAGAGCGCGACGUAUCGAAAUCAAUUCUGUCAUGAGCUCUCAGGAGUUAUCGAGAAUAGCUAAAUCGUUAAUCACAGUGACAGAUUUGGAAGAAGUGAAACGAAGAGUUCGUCAGUUAUGGAAAGAUGGACAAUUGGAGAAAUUACAAGCCGCAAAACUAAUAAGAAGAUGGCGAAGUCGGCAAUGGCAAAAUAAGCAGAAAGAGAACAGGGAAGCACUGAUCAAUAGUUUGUCAGCAAGGCUGGAUGCUGCAGAGGAACAAACACUAGAUGAUGUAAAGCAGUUGAUUAAUGAAUAUUUGGUGUCUGGUAAAAUUGCUUACGAAGACGGAGCGCUUCUCAUUAAAAAGUGGAGAAAACGUCAAAGUCGUCGAAUAAAGCGGCAAUUAGAAAAAGGAAAUAAGUCAUGCUGUUUCUUUUGUCGACAAACGGGUCAUAAGUUUUCGGAAUGUCCAGAAAGAGAUGACGAGAUAAUGGGAUCCGGAAUCUGCUUCAAAUGUGGUUCCACAGAACAUAUAUCUUCUCGUUGUCAUCGUAAAAACGUUCGUGGUUUUCCAUAUGCGACGUGUUUUGUAUGCAGACAGCAAGGACACCUCUCCAGGGAUUGUGACAAAAAUGCAAAUGGAAUAUAUCCAGAUGGAGGCUCAUGUAAUUUAUGUGGGUCUCAGAAGCAUUUGAAGAAACAUUGCCCGCUCAAGAAAGACACCGAUGAUAAUAGUCAAACAGAGUCGCUAGUUGUUGCAAGAAAUAACGCUGCUGGUGGUGAUGAUGAUCUUCCCUACAUCGAAAACAGUGCUGUGAACAUCAAGAUAACGAAAAAAUUAGAAAGAAAAGUUGUUCAUGUAUAAAGUGUUUCUGCCAGUAAUUUGAACUUAGGAGCGGCGAUGACAAGGCGUAAUACUGGUGAAGAAAUAAUACCGUUGGUUUUGUUGAAAUCCUUUGAAAUUUCACUGAUCAUUUCUGUUGCGGAUUGAAAUAAAGGCAA